AUGCCGUCGCAACACGUUGUCUUCUCGUUCGCUGGUCAAGGAUUUCCUCCAGUAGAAGCCGCCCGCGAUCUGUACCGAGUUUCUUCAACAUUCCGACAAGCAAUCACCGAUGUGCAAGAGGCAAUCAAUGGCUUGUCACACGACGGAUCCAUUCCUGGACAGGCUCAUGUACCAUUGACUGACUACUUCGAGGAAGACGAAAUUCGACCACCGUAUGCUGCAUCUUUCGAUCGACCUCUAAGCGCCGCUCAGCACUCUUUACCCCCUUCGGCUACUCUGGUCAUUGUGUCAGCCCAAUAUGCACUCGGAAAGCUAUUACAGUCGUGGGGUAUCUCUCCGAAAAGUGUCAUGGCAUACUCACUGGGAGAGAUUGCAGCGGGCACUUUCACAGGAUCUUAUACCCUGCCCGCUAUGGUCAAACUACUCGCAAGACGGGAAGGGCUGCUGGAAGAUCGUUCCCUGUUUCCUAACAAAGGUGGUCUCGCAUUAGUCUUCACAGAUGGCGACUCCAUCAAGCAGGUUCUGGCAAAAGAAGGUCUACUGGGGACAGUGGACAUUGCAGGAUUUUCUAGCCCGGUUACCACUUGUGUUGCGGGCGAUGCGGCUCAGCUGGACAUUGCCUUGGAGAAGCUCUCUAAUACUGACGUUGAUUUCAAGCGUGUGAAACUGGACAUUGGAAUGCAUUCUGGACACGUUCAAGCUCUUGCGGAUCAUGUUCGCUCCAGUCCUGAUAUCUUCCCGGAGAAAGAUUCGAAAGAUUGUAAAGUCCUACCUGGCAUUGACCACUGGUCGUCCUUGGGAAUUCAAUUACCUACCGGCUCGCCACUAAACGCAAACCAUUACGCCACCGUAUUGCGCCGACCACUCCGUUACAGAGACUGCGUUCAGAAGAUCUUUGAAAAGCACAUAUCCGAGCAACCAGAGCAGGAUCUUGUUUUCGUGGACAUGGGUAUGGGUCCAGGCCAACUGUAUAAGCUCAUCAUGGCUGCUUUAGAACACACAGCUGAGUGGCAGCGAGGUCAAGUGCGGGCUAUGGCCAGUAUAGAUCCUGUUGAUGCAGGCGAUGCAAAAAAUAAGCCAGGAUGGGCAAAGGCGCAGUUGAAAGAUAAUCUAAGCAAAGCGCAUGUGCUGCUGCAGAAACGUUCGACAAGUCCAGGUAUGUGA